UGUAUGUUAUGUGACGCAGAAAUAGCAGGAUCCGAAAGCAGCACACAACCAUGUUAUCUGUGACAUGUUCCCAACCCCUCCAUUUCUUCUCAGAAUCUUCUCACUCUAACCAUCGUAGGAUAUUCUCAUUCCAAAAUCCUAAGAUUUCUCUCUCCAAUUCAAAUUCCUCAUUUGGGUCUUCAAGAUUUUCUACAAAUUGGAAUUGGGUCUUCCGCAGAAUCAGAAUUCAUGCAAAAUCUGCAAAAUCAGAGAUAGAUACUGAUCAAAGUGGUCAAAUUCCGGCUGAGAAUAUCACAGCUGCUGAAAAUGGCGGGACUCCAUCUACCAGCUUCUUGUCCAUUCUCUGUCCACUGCUCAAGCUCUUUGGUGGAGGAGACCCUUCUCAAGAGCGGAAUGAAUUUUUGGAGGUAGCAACAUCUUCAUUAUCUACUUUGGCAAGACUUCCAUGGGGAUCAAGAUCACUAUCAGGCAGUGCAAAUGACCAAGAGGCUAUCCAGAACCCUCCAGCAUACUUGCAACUCUUUGAAUUUGAGUCAUGCCCUUUUUGCAGGAGAGUUCGAGAGGCCCUGACAGAACUGGAUCUUUCUGUUGAGGUAUAUCCUUGCCCAAAAGGCUCUUUAAGGCAUAGAGAAAUGGUCAGAAAAAAGGGUGGGAAAGAGCAGUUUCCUUUCCUUGUGGACCCAAAUGCUGGUAUUUCAAUGUAUGAGAGUGGUGAGAUUGUGAAAUACCUGUAUGAGAAGUAUGGUCAAGGAAGAAAACCCUCUAUUGGACUCUUGGAAAGCACAUUGUUCACUGGUUGGAUGCCCACGAUCCUCCGAGCAGGCAGGGGGUUGACAUUGUGGGGAAGAGCAAAAUCAGAACCACCUCCUAGAAAGUUGGAACUUUUCUCGUACGAAAACAAUCCGUAUGCAAGGAUCGUUCGCGAAGCGCUUUGCGAACUAGAACUUCCUUAUAUCCUCUACAAUGUGGGAGAAGGAUCAUCAAAUUCCGAUUUACUCUUUCAAACAUCAGGUUCCAAAGAGGUACCGUAUCUUGUCGACCCCAACACUGGAAUGCAAUUAAGCAACUACAAGAUGAUCUUACCGUACUUGUUUCAGAUGUAUUCAGCCACAAACUAGAUUUCUCCGGCUCAUGUGUCAAUAGAGGCUGAACAAUUCAUGAUCUUUUAUGUUUUGUAAGGACAGUAAUUCCUUAAUGUGUCUAUUAGAAUUUUGCA